UUGAACAUAAACACUUAAAAAAAAACCCAGUUGAAUUUCAGGACGUGUAUGCUAUAAACUCACAGUCCCUCAUACCUCAUCAAGGUACAACAGCCAAAAUGUCCACCAUGCAAGCCUGCCACGGCCACAACGAGGCCUGCUGUAACAUCCCUCCCGUCGUCACCUCCGGCUACAGCCCCAAGGGUUCCUUCACCGAGUACGAUGGCCUAAAGACCUAUGUCACCGGCCCCGACGAUGCCACUAAGGGCAUCGUUGUCAUUUACGACAUCUUCGGCUACUUCGACCAGACCAUCCAAGGCGCCGACAUCCUGGCCACGAGCGACGACACCAAGUACAAGGUGUUCAUGCCCGACUGGUUCAAGGGCGAGCCGUGCCCCAUUGAGUGGUACCCUCCCGACACGGACGAGAAGAAGAAGAACCUGGGCGCUUUCUUCAGCAAGAACCCUCCCCACGGCGUCGCCGAGAAGCUCCCUGCCUUUGUCAAGACCCUGAGCGCCAAGCAUCCCAACAUUAAGUCCUGGGGUAUCAUUGGUUACUGCUGGGGCGGCAAGGUCGUCUCCCUAAUCACCAAGUCCGAGAAUAACCCCUUCUCCAUUGGCGCCGAGUGCCACCCGGCCAUGGUUGACCCCGAGGAGGCCAAGGGCAUCAAGGUGCCCCUUAUCCUGCUCGCCUCUAAGGAGGAGCCCGAGGACAAGGUCAAGGAGUUUGAGCAGAACCUUAGCGUGCCCAAGCACGUCGAGACCUUCAAGGACCAGGUCCACGGCUGGAUGGCGGCGCGCGGCGACUUGAAGGACGAGCGCGUCAAGAGCGAGUAUGUCAGGGGGUACAAGACUGUUUUGGAGUUCUUUGGCAAGAACUGGAAGUAAAUGGGGAUGGAAAUGGUGGCGUGGAUGAUUUGAUGACCUAAUGAAGAACACCAAACUAAUGAUUCAUUGACUGCAUGGUUCUGACGAUGAGUGUUGUCAAAGGGUUGCAUUGAUAUAUUCGGCGGAUGAGCCCAUUUUACAACAAUUGGCGUGGUGGCAGAGUGGUCUAAUGCGCAAGACUAGAAAUCUUGUUCCUUCGGGAGCGUCUGUUCGAAUCAGGCCCACGUCGCACGAUGAUCAU